CUCCAAAGAUGCACAAAUUUGUUUAAGGUGGACGCAUCACGCAUGUUUGGUGCAUACAUUACAGCGUGUGUGAAAUAAACUGGAGAAGGCGUGAAGAUUAAACGUGAAGACUGGUACACGGGAGUGUGCACAAUGUCGGAGCUCUAUGUGUUGUUUGAACAUGCAGCUGGAUAUGCCAUAUUCAGAGUCAAGGAGUUUGAAGAAGUAGGGAUGCUCUUGCCACAAGUUGAAGCUUCUGUAACAGAUUUAAGCCGUUUCAAUCAAGUUGUCAAACUUAUCAGCUUUGCGCCUUUCAAAACUGCAUCAUCAGCCUUGGAAAAUAUAAAUGGCAUCUCAGAAGGAUUGCUACCAGAAGAUUUGCGCCUUGUUUUGGAGACUCAUUUACCCAGAAAAAAGAAAUCUGUUGUAACUCUGGGUGUUUCUGAACCUAAACUUGGUGCAGCAAUCACAGAAGCAUUGGGCAUAACAUGCCAGCAUACAGCCCCAAUUCCAGAAAUAGUAAGAGGAAUCCGCUACCAUUUUCAUGGGUUGGUGAAAGGAUUUACAGCAAAAACUGCAGGUGUUGCUCAGCUUGGUUUGGGGCAUAGUUAUUCGCGUGCCAAAGUAAAAUUUAAUGUGCACAGAUCUGACAAUAUGAUUAUUCAAAGUAUUGCUCUGUUAGAUCAGUUGGACAAAGAUGUAAACACAUUUUCAAUGAGAAUCAGAGAAUGGUAUUCAUACCAUUUCCCAGAGCUGGUGAAGAUAGUACCUGAAAAUUAUAUGUAUGCAAGAGUGGCAAGACUUAUUGGAAACAGGAAGGAGUUUACUGAAGAUAAACUUGAAGCAUUGGAGGAACUUGUUAUGGACAGUGCAAAAGCCCAAGCUAUCCUCAGUGCUUCGCGUUCUUCGAUGGGUAUGGAUAUAUCUCCUGUUGAUCUAAUGAACAUUGAGCUGUUUGCUGCAAGAGUUGUCGCUUUGUCUGAUUAUCGCAAGCAGCUUGCUAGUUAUCUCCAUACUAAAAUGGAAAGUGUAGCUCCAAAUCUAGCUACUCUUGUUGGGGACCAAGUUGGUGCACGCCUCAUAUCACAUGCAGGCUCCCUCACAAAUCUUGCCAAGUUUCCAGCCUCUACAGUACAAAUACUUGGUGCAGAAAAAGCCUUAUUCAGGGCACUCAAAACUCGAGGUAAUACUCCGAAGUACGGCCUACUAUUUCAUUCAACAUUUAUUGGUCGUGCUGGGCUGAAAAACAAAGGCCGAAUUUCACGAUACCUGGCCAAUAAAUGUGCGAUCGCAUCUCGAAUAGAUUGUUUCUCAGAAAAACCAACAAACAUAUUUGGUGAAAAAUUAAAGCAGCAAGUGGAGGAAAGACUUACAUUUUAUGAAUCUGGUGAGCUGCCACGAAAAAAUAUAGAAGUAAUGCAAGAAGCUAUGCAGGAAGUUGCACAGUUACAGGCGGCGACAGCAGCUGCCAAAAAGAAAAAGAAGAAGGAUAAGAAAAGAAAAUCAGAGUGCCUGGAUGAAAGUGUUACAAAUGAUGCUAGUGUUGAAAAUGGAGACAUUACUCUUGAACCUCCAAAAAAGAAGAAAAAGAAGAAGGUGAAACUCCAGCAAGAAGUUGAAUAAUAAACCUAGGUGCUUGGUCUGGUUACUAAAAACUAUAAUGUUGUGACCCCUUAGGGCCUGAAAAAAAAAAGUAUUGCUAAGUUCUUAUGGAAAUAAGAUGAAGCUAUCAAUAAGAUUUUACAACAUAAUUACUUGUACAGCUCUAAGUAUCUGGAAGUCACAGUGAAAUUGAACGUGUAUUAUUGUGAAACUUUUUCUUGAGGAGCUAACAAAUGAUAUAGGAAAUGUGGUUGACAGUGCCUGUCUGAGAAUAGAAGCCUCCAUAAACUGAUUACUGUGGUUAACUUAUUGACAAUUCAGAAAAUGACAGCCAAAUGUAGUAUUUAUCUGAAUUCACAACCAGUCUAGUAAAUCUGUUCUUCUCUGCA